AUCAAUCUACUCCUGAUGGCCUGUCUUGUCGUUCUCUAACUCAUCGAUUUCCUCUCUCUCUCUCUCCCUGCAGACGGUUGAACGACAAUGAUAUUGCUGUGCUGGAGGCGACUGGGAUGUAUAAGAAGCUCCCCAACCUAAAAAAGAUAAACCUGAGCAACAACAAACUGCGAGACAUCCGUGAGGGUGCGUUUGAUGGGGCGGCCGGAGUCCUGGAGCUGCUGCUGACAGGAAACAAACUCACCGGACUUCAAGGACGCAUGUUCAGAGGACUCACUGGACUGAAAACCAUGAUGCUGCGCAGCAACCAGAUCAGCUGCAUUGAUAACGCAACCUUCACCGGGCUGAGCUCGGUGCGUCUGCUGUCGCUGUACGACAACCAGAUCUCCAGCCUCGCCCCGGGAGCCUUCUCAUCGCUGCACUCUCUCUCCACCAUUAACCUGCUGUCCAACCCUUACGUUUGUGACUGCCACCUGGGCUGGCUCGGCCAGUGGCUGAAGAAGACUCGGGUGGUCAGUGGCAACCCUCGCUGCCAGAAGCCCGCCUUCCUCAAGGAGAUCCCGAUCCAAGACGUGGCCGCCCCGGAUUUCACCUGUGACGGCCUAGAGGACAAUGUCUGUCUGCCGUCGUCCCGUUGUCCAGACGUGUGCACGUGUGCCGACGGCGUGGUGCGCUGCAGUAACCGCGCCCUCCGCAUCCUGCCCAGGGACAUCCCCAAGGACACCACCGAACUGUACUUGGAAGGGAACAUGCUGACGUCUGUUCCCAGAGAGCUGACGUCCCUGAAGCAGCUCUCCCUUGUGGACCUAAGCAACAACAGCAUCAGCACCGUGGUCCCGUUCACCUUCGCCAACAUGACGCAACUGGCCACACUCAUCCUGAGCUACAACCAGAUUCGCUGUAUUCCCGUCCAGGCCUUUGAUGGCCUCACAUCGCUGCGUCUGUUGACUCUCCAUGGCAACGACCUUUCAACUAUCCCGGAGGGCGCCUUCAGCCACCUCACCUCCCUGUCCCACCUGGCACUUGGGGCCAACCCUCUCUACUGUAACUGUGAUCUCCGCUGGCUCUCUCAGUGGGUGAAGGCCGGCUUCAAAGAACCUGGCAUUGCUCGCUGUACUGGACCACCAGACAUGGCCGACAGACUGCUGCUCACCACGCCUCUGAACCGCUUCCAAUGUAAAGGCCCAGUUGACAUCAGUCUGACAUCAAAGUGCGCCCCCUGUCAGGCGGCACCCUGCCACAACAACGGCACCUGUGUAGCUGACGCCGUGGGAUCCUACCACUGCACCUGUCCGUUUGGGUUCAAGGGUCAAAACUGUGAGGUGAGCAUCAACAGCUGCCUGAGUUUCCCCUGUUCCAACGGAGGAACCUGUCACAUCCAGCCUGGCCUGGAAGACCAGUUCAGCUGUGUGUGUCCACCAGGCUUCGAAGGUCUGAGGUGUGAGGUGAACCCAGAUGACUGUGAAGACAACGACUGUGAAAACAACUCCACCUGCGUGGACGGAGUCAACAACUACACCUGCAUCUGUCCCCCCAACUACACAGGAGACCUCUGUGAAGAAGUGGUUGAUCCCUGUCUUCAGGGAUUUGAUCCCUGCCUUCAUGACUCCAAGUGUGUACUCUCCGGUCGCACAUACAGGUGUGAGUGCCUACCCGGCUAUGUGGGGCAGAACUGUGAGCAGGACUACAAUGACUGUCUGGAGAACAAGUGCCAGCACGCCGCAGAAUGUGUGGACGCCAUAAACGGCUACACCUGUGUCUGCAAGGAGGGCUUCAGUGGGCUGUUCUGUCAGAAUCCUCCACCAAUGAUACUGCUUCAGACCAGUCCCUGCGACCAAUCAGAUUGCCAGAACAGCGCGCAAUGCAUAGUGGUGGCCGGGGAGCCUGUCUGCAGGUGCCUGCCCGGUUUCUAUGGCAACAAAUGCCACAAGAUGGCCACCGCUCACUUCCUGGGUCGGGACGCAUACGUGGAGCUGGCCAGCACAAGGCUCCGCCCCUCUGCUCACAUCUCAUUACAGGUUGCUACUGAUAAGGAUAACGGUCUGCUGCUAUACAAGGAGGAUAGCGACCCCUUGGCUCUGGAGCUGUACCAGGGCCACAUCCGCCUCCUCUACGACAUCACCAACUACCCCCCCACCACCGUCUACAGCGUGGAGUCGGUGAGUGACGGUCUCUUCCACACGGUGGAGCUGUUGCUCCAGAACCACUCUCUGAGCCUGGUGGUGGACAACGGCGCCCCCAAGAGCCUGAGCAAGCUGCCACGGCAGCCCUCCGUCGACCACAACACACAGCUGUACAUAGGAGGUGUGCCAGCUCAGGUGGUGGCGUCGGGCCUGCGGCCGGGGCCGGACCGCCCCCUCCAGUCGUUCAACGGCUGUAUCCACAACGUCAGGGUCAACGGCGAACCCCAGGACCUCAGUUACCGGGCAACCGGGAGGGGAGGGGCCCCCCGGACAGCCGAGGGCAAGACCGAGGGCCUCCUUCCUGGGUGCCACUCCUGCAGCGUGUGCGCCCAGGGAGCCUGCAGGCAGAGCGGGGAGAUGGGGGUGACCUGCGAGUGCCUCCCUGGGCGCUCGGGAGCCCUGUGCGACCAGAAGACAGCGCCGAGCCCCUGUCAGAGUAGCAGGUGUGUCCAUGGCCUGUGCGUUCCCAAGGGCCUGUCGUACAGCUGCCAGUGUGCGGAGGGCUUCCAGGGCCAGUACUGCGACCGCCGCCAGCCACCCCCGGCCUGCAGGGGGCAGCGCUGUGGACACGGGGAGUGCCGUGUUGCCGAGACCGGGGAGCCCGUCUGUCACUGCCAGGCAGGCUACACCGGAACCACCUGUGACACAGAGCUCACCUGCCACGGGGAGGUGCUUCGGGAGCAGCUCAAGCGCCACCACCCCAUGAAGACGUGCACGUCGACCACCAAGAUCCCGCGCAUGGACUGCCCCCGCUCCUGCCAGGCCUCGGCGCCGCCGGGGGUCUGCUGCGGCCCCACCAAGAGCCGGCGGAGGAAGGCGGUGUUCCGCUGCACCGACGGGACCUCGUACUCGGAGGAGAUGGAGACGGCCAUGGAGUGCGGCUGUGCCAAGUGCCCGUUGUAAGACAGCCCCCCCCCCCCCGGGCGUCAGGGCUGCCUGUUUGUUCUUUUUUUUGACCACGCUCCAACACCUCGGCCUCGUGAGUCCUUCCGCGCGACGCACGCGAGCGGCGGCGACCCCGCCUUUUUUCCGAGAGAACUGAAACACACACGCCGACGAGUUUGAACCGCCGCCAUCGCACCGCUGCAAGGAAGCCACGAAACAAGCGCAGAAAGGACACGUGUUUGUUGUUUGACAGAGAAAAUAUAUUGUAAGAUAUAAGGGAGAAAAUAAACUUAUUUUUAUUAUGUGCUUUUACUAAAAGAUGAUGGACUUGUGAGUUUGUUCAUUUUAUAAUAUGUGACGUGUUUCGUAUGAAAAGUUAUUUUGUUAUCAUGUAAGAAGUAAACAGCAAAAUAGAUUAACAUUCCUAAAAGUAUAUGAAUUUUUAUGUACGUGUAAAUCUAUAUAAGUAAAUACCCUAACCCAAUGAAUUUUUAUAUUUUCCUAACGUGAUUGCAUGACAGAUGCGUACAUGCUAAUGAGAGGGAGGCUUUGGAAACAUUCACGUUCAAACAGAUGCGUUUCAAAAUGGUUGCCAAUGACCAUUCGCGAAUAAGGCUUCCCAGAAAAAAGGAAAUGGAAGGCAGCAUACAUCUUUGGAUGAACAUAAUGGAACUGUAUGUGCUUCGGUAACCUGCUUCAUUGAAUAUGGGGUUUCCUCCUCACCCUUGAUUGAUGAUGAUCUCAAUGAAUCAAAAUAAUGAUUUCCAUUGCUGUAUGUCAUUCUCUCUUUGCUGUUCUUUCAUUUGAGGAUCCUCCGUCAGGUUUGGUUGGGUAUUAUGGCCAAGUUGAAAUAUUUUCCAAAAUGUUUAUAUGUUGAUGCUGUACUCUGGUCAUCAUGUAAAGGGAUUAUAUUUUUGCAAAAUGUAAUCAAAUGUAUGAUUACAAAGCAUUUUUAUCCUUAUUUGUUAACAAUUACAACAACAUGUAUUUGCCAGUUCAUCAUUUUGGCCUUUUGUUUUCCACAAUCACAAUUCUAUAGUGGUCAUAGAUUUCCUAAUGAAAGUGCAACAUCAGGAAGUGAAUUUUUUGCAGAUUUAGCUAAAUCACCUGCAACAUAAAUAAUAUCUCAAAAGCUAUUAAAGAUUAGAAUCAGACGAUUUGAUGUGGCACAUUGCGGCUUAUGCAGGAAAAACAUUAGCGGUUUUCACAACUUUGUAUAAAAUGUGAAUUGAGAGCAUCUACACCAUGUUACUUCAUGUAUUUUCCUUCUCAAUGUUAUCUGGUAAUGCACUCAAUGUCUUAAUAUAACAACAGCAUUAAAGUUAUUUUCUAAAAGGGACAGUUGAGUACCUAAUGGUGUAUUCAAAGGAACAUUUCAACUGUGACGAACAGAGAAGUGUUGAAAGUGCUUUGAGGGUUGUUGUUAGGAGCACAGCUCAAGAUGUUUACCUUUUUUGUGAUUUAGCCUUAAUCGCAAAGUAUUGAUCUUACGCCCCCCAAAUUAUAUUUGAUUUCAAAUACAUACAUAUGGAUUUUUGAUUUGUAAAAUGUUUCAAAUCGAAUAAACUGAAAAUGAAGUUACA